UAGUGAUCUUACAAAAAACAACAAGCUCACAUGCAAAAAACUUAAAAUGAAAGUGAAGGAUAGAUCUGACAAAGGAGAAAAGGAUUUAAAAAUUAAACAUAUAGAGGACCAGGUCAUUCCUACCAACAAUUACAAGAGGUUCAUACUUAAGAACUUGCAACAGUCUGAUAAAUGCAGGUACGGCUGUCAGGACUCCGAAACAAUACAGCACGUAACUGGUGGAUGCCAAGCAUUCGCUCCAACGGACUAUAAGGAGCGCCACGACAUAGCUGCCAAAAUCAUUCACCAGGAGUUGGCAUACAAAUUCAAACUGAUCGAAUGCAAGCUACAGUACUACAAAUAUACACCGCAAUGUGUCCUCGAGAACGACAAGUAUAAACUAUACUGGGAUCGCACUGUGCUUACGGACCAAUACAUAAAACAAAACAGACCUGACAUAAUCAUUGUCGACAAGGACGCCCAGAAAGUGCUACCUUUGAUUACUCAACAUACCGACAGAGCUCUGCGAAAACAUGUUACGCCUCUGACAGAUAGCAAUACGAUUUAUCCCGCUGUGGAAAUAAGAUGGCCUACAUUUCCACCAGACCAUGCGGAAGUGAUGUCGUAG